GCGGCGGCCGGGCCGGAGGGCGUCGGAGGUAGGCAGCUGUCGGCGCUCCCAUGGAGGAGGCGGCACUCACGGCCGCGGUCCCGGAUGCACGAGCUUCCCAGUGGACGGCGACGAAGGCGGUGGCCGCGCGGGCGCGGGGGGCCGCGGCCUGUGCCGGGGUGUGAGCUAGCUGAGCAGAGCGCGGAGCCUCGGACGGUCCCCGGCGGGGAGGAAGCCGCUCGCCGACUGAGGGUGAAGCUACUCUGCCAGGGUUUAAUUUUUAAAUGGGAGAAAGGGGUAGCAUUUCUAAGAAAAUGAGAAUGAAUAAAUCAUCUCUCUUUUUCAAAAGAGAAACCAUAUUAAGCUUACAUAUUUGAAGAUUGCACCAUCCUGCCUCCAGUACAAGCAGUUUCUCUGUUCUGUAAUCAAUGUGAUUCACAGGAACAACUUCAGGAACAAACGAAAUGAUCCUGGGUCGUGGAAAAUAUGAUUUUUAUAUUGGUCUCGGGUUGGCUAUGACCUCCAGCAUUUUCAUUGGAGGGAGUUUCAUUUUGAAAAAAAAAGGCCUUCUAAGACUUGCUAGAAAAGGCUCCAUGAGAGCAGGUCAAGGUGGCCAUGCAUAUCUUAAAGAAUGGUUGUGGUGGGCUGGAUUGCUGUCAAUGGGAGCUGGUGAGGUGGCCAACUUUGCUGCAUAUGCAUUUGCACCAGCCACGCUAGUGACUCCACUAGGGGCUCUCAGUGUCCUUGUAAGUGCCAUUCUUUCUUCAUACUUUCUAAAUGAAAGGCUUAAUCUUCAUGGAAAAAUUGGGUGUUUGCUAAGUAUUCUAGGAUCUACAGUUAUGGUCAUCCAUGCUCCAAAGGAGGAAGAAAUUGAGACCCUAAAUGAAAUGUCACAUAAGUUAGGUGAUCCAGGUUUUGUGGUCUUUGCAACACUUGUGGUCAUUGUAUCCUUAAUAUUAAUCUUUGUGGUGGGACCUCGCCAUGGACAGACGAACAUUCUUGUAUACAUAACAAUCUGCUCUGUGAUUGGAGCAUUUUCAGUCUCCUGUGUGAAGGGCUUGGGCAUCGCCAUCAAAGAGCUGUUGGUUGGAAAGCCUGUGCUGAAGCAUCCCCUGGCUUGGCUUCUGCUGCUGAGCCUCGUGGUCUGCGUGAGCACACAAAUUAAUUACCUAAACCGAGCUCUGGAUAUAUUCAACACUUCCAUUGUGACUCCAAUAUAUUAUGUGUUCUUUACAACUUCAGUUUUAACUUGUUCAGCUAUUCUUUUUAAGGAGUGGCAAGAUAUGCCUGUUGAUGAUGUCAUUGGGACUCUGAGUGGCUUCUUCACAAUCAUUGUGGGGAUAUUUUUGUUGCAUGCCUUUAAAGACGUCAGCUUUAGUCUAGCCAGUUUGCCUGUGUCUUUUCGAAAAGAUGACAAAACAAUGAAUGGCAAUCUUUCUAGUAUGUAUGAAGUUCUUAAUAAUAAUGAAGAAAGCUUACCAUGUGGAAUUGAACAGCACACUGGUGAAAAUAUCUCCCGUAGGAAUGGAAAUCUGACAGCUUUUUAAGAAGGAUAUGUUGGAAGGCUAAUCUGUAUUUCUGUUAGAAAAUGAUUUAGAGUAUCAGAAUGUAUUUGGAAAAAAACAUGGUCCUCAAAUAAUGUUCUCUAAAGACAAUCUUUUUUAAGCUUUCACUAAUUUGGAUCAAGAAAUUACUUUUCUUAUAUUUAAGCAAUGGUAGCUCACUAAAGUGACCUCAAUACAAUGGCUGAUUUCCAUUAACAUUGAAUUGUAAAGGUAUUUUACAUUUUGGUUCUUUCUUCAAAAUCUAAAUGCACUAAUGACAAUUUUAAGUCUAUAAAGAUGUUAUUUUUUCAUUGGUGAUGAAAGUCUAAAAUGUUUGUCACCCUGAUCUCAUCAGUCCCUGGCCAUAAAAGGGCUUUUGAUUGUUUCAAUACAUUAUCUUCAGAUUUAUCUUAUCUGAAAGAUUUCACUCCUGUUUGAUGAGUAAUUUCAAAAUGUUUAAGGAAUUCCCAAGUCACCAAAUGAAUGAAACUCUCUCAAAACACAGAAAAGAGAUUGCCAAGAAAACAUCUGUGGCUUGUCCCUAAGCAUCUGAUUUCCUGUGCAUAUUUGAUGGCUACCUUGCAGAAGACAAGUUCCUGUUAAGUCAGUGAAUCCUGCAUCCUUUGGGCUCUUGGCUCUGCAGUCUUCAUGGGUCUGUUCUUUGGUGCAUAAUACCUGGAACUUAGAUUGCCAUUUUACAUCAGCUCCUACACUGCUCAGGAUGUUCUCAUGGUAGAUUAUAUCUCCCAGGGAUCGUUUAACCCUUGGGGAGGAAAAUUAGAAGAGUGGGAUAAUUUCUUAAAUUUGGUAGUUCAUCCUAGAAUAAAAAGUUUGAACAAAGUUUUUUUUCUAAGUCCAAAUGCUUAAAAUGUGUAAAAUAUGCUCUGUUUGUACCAAGUAGGUUAUUUUGCUUAAGGGUUUGAACCAUUGUACAUUUUGGUAUUUUAGAAAAUACUUAUGAGAAAUGUUUAUGGAAAAUCUCAAAAAAGAUAGGCUAGUUCACACUUUACAGCUUCAAGUAUAUCCACUUCAUAGCCAUUGACAAGGCUAUCCCCCCCCACCCCAGCCUCUGUGGCAGGAGAGCUCAGACUUAGGUUUGCCGCACUCUCUUGUUCUUGCCUGUGGUUUCAUUCCAUGUGGUCUUCAUUAAUUAGCCUCAUCAGUUCUAUGAAGAGAACCCUUUUCUUGUGACCGCCAUUUCCCAUGUAACUUUUUUUUGUUGUACUGAGGAUUAAACGUAGGAUCAUGCUUUCUACCACUGAGGUACAUUUCCAGUCUUUCUUGUAAGUUCCACAGAUAUAAUUUCAUUUUUGGCAGAUAUCUUGCAUACGUAACUAUACUUUGCACAUUAAAAAAAAUCAGUUUUCAUCCUCUUGGGGAAGACAUGCCCUUCUUGAGAAUAUACAAAACGAUAGAGGCUUAUCACCAUACCUUGUGAAAGUUUGAUAUACGGUCAUCUUUUUAUUCUGCACCUCAGAGUACAAGUAGCAUUCUUCAUUUGUAGCAGAGUUAAUAGUCCCAGGAUUAUUCAUAUGACCAAAAAUACUGUUUUUAAUGUAAUGUCCUAUUUAUAGGUGUAACUCAGGUUAGUACAGCAGAAUAGUACGUGUACUUUAUUACUUUCUGUAUAAAAUAAAACUUGAAUCCACCGGUU